AUGGGGAGUGUAGGAUGUCGUUACACUGUGCCAAGCAGUGUUCAUGGUGAGUGCAGUGAGGGAACAUCCUGGCUGGGCCUCACAACCAGCUCCCACGGACACAGACUCCAGGAACACUAUGAUGUGCUGGGCCUCAUUGACCAAGGCGGCUUUGCGGCCUACAUUGUGUCGGAGGUGGGGAUCCUGAAGGACCUUCAGCACCCUAACAUCACACAGUUACUGGAGGUCAUCGAAACUAAGGACAAAGUACACCUGGUCCUAGACUAUGUGAUGGGGUGGUGGUUUACUGCCACGAUUGGGGCAUUGUACAUGGGGGACCUCAAGCUCAAAAAUGUCAUGAUCAACACCCAAGGCCAUGCUAAAGUUUGCGACUUUGGGUUGGGGUUCCAGUUCCUCCCUGGGCUGGAGGUGACUGUGGUUGGUGGCACAGUGGCAUACUGUGCCCCAGAAACAAUCUCGUGCCAGAGGUAUGAAGGCCCUCCCUUGGAUGUGUGGGCCCUCAGAGUGAUACUAUAUAAGGUGGUUACUGGGUAUCGUCUCUUUUAUGGGGAUAAAUCCCAGAUAAUUGAAAAUAUCCCUCAUGGGACGGUCUCUCACCCCAACUUCAUCUCCAAGAAUGCCAAACACCUCAUCGGCAAAUUGCUGAACCACGAUACGGCCAACAGUACAGAAGGUGCUGAAGCACCGGUGGCUCCAGAGUGUCCAGCCCCCAGUCCUCCUGAGCCGCUCCCUGUGCCCACAAAGAGGGCAAUCCUCAGCCAUAUGGCCAGGAUGGGAUUUGACCUGUUAACGGUGAUGGACACCCUGAGGAGAAAGGAAUACAAUCAUGAGAUGGCAACCUUCCUGUUGUUGCAGAGCCCGGCCCUCCAGGGUCUGGGCUUCAGUAACCCAGUGAAACCUGUGCGUGAGGCUGCAGAGAAAACAUCAUGGCCCCUGGCAGGUCCUGCACCCUUAUCUCACAUUCCCAGGAGGAGGGCCAGCGAGCCUGCCCCUGCACUGGCCGCUUAG